AUGGAUAACUCUUUGAAAAUUGUGUCGCCAAGUAAGGCCCGUAAACGAUCCAACAAAAAGAUUAAAGAAAAGAAACAAGAAAAAGCGAGAAAACUAUAUUCUAGUAACCGACCACCAACGAAACCCAUAUGCAAGCACAAUACAAAAGCUUAUCAAUGAUAAUUUCAUACUAAAGUACGUAAUAUCUACAGUAACACGCAGAAAACGCCCAAAGACCGGAAGUAAACCAGGGAGAAGAUUAGCCGCCAAGUAUUUUGUUCGCAAAACAAACAAAUCAUUGAUUCCAGUGUGUAAGAAAGCCUUCUUAGGAAUUUUAAAUUUAAAAAAGGGUAGAGUGGAAGGAGUCAUUCGGCGUCAUUUUAAUACUGGCACUACGGCAGUUGAAAACCGUGGUGGGGAUAAAAAAACAUUUGCUUUUCGCUCGCGCAAAGAAGCGGUGAUUAAAUACAUUCGGACAUUGCAACCUUUAGAAAUUCACUAUUGCCGUGAAAAGGCUCGGGAGCGACAAUACUUACACCCAGAAUUAACUAUUAAAAAAAUUUGGAAAAUGUACUGUGACGAAGUAGUUCCAGGAUUCGACGUAAGUUUCAGUUUCUUCCGCAAGGUUUUUGUAACAAAUUUCAAUAUUGGAUUUGGCAGUCCCAGACAAGAUGUAUGUUCAACGUGUCUCCAAUUAUCUGAAAGAAUUAAGGUAGAAAAAGAUGCUGCGGAAAAAGUCAGAAUUAUGACAGAACUGCGAAUUCAUAAAUUGCGUGCAAAGGCGUUUUUUAAACUUCUUCAAAAAGAAGAAAACCAUGAGAUCCUCCUAUCUUUUGAUUGCCAGAAGAAUUUGCCGCUUCCUAAAAUCCCGGACCAAUCUGUAUAUUACUCCCGUCAGCUCUACUUCUAUAAUUUUACUAUCGUAAAAGGGUCCUCUCACAAUACUCUGAAUAAAGACAAUGUAUUUACCUAUACAUGGACGGAGGAAGUCGCCGCCAAAGGUUCAAACGAAAUUUGUUCGGCUGUCAUUCAUUGCUUGAAUAAUCUCGAUGUGACAAAUAAAGAGAAGAUACGUCUUAUGGCGGACGGGUGUGCGGGGCAAAAUAAAAAUUCAAUUUUAUUAGGUGCCACCAUGAACUGGCUUUAUUCCGCCCCACGAAAUAUUAAAAGUCUUGAAAUAAUAUUUCCUGUGACGGGCCACUCUUUCCUGCCGGCUGAUAGGGUAUUCGCUAUAACCGAAAAGCGAAUUAGAAAGAUGGAAACAAUUCUAAAACCAGAAGAAUAUAUGAAUAUAUUACAAGAACACGCAACAAUUUUUUGUUUAGGCAAAGAUGUACCCAUUUCCGACUACAAAACGCAAAGUCAAAAUAUUUUAAAGUCGACUCAAAGUUUUCACUUUCAGAUUACAAAGUGUAAAAGGUUUAUUAUCACCAGAAAAGGGAAUCAAGUACAAAUACGAGGGGAAAUAUCUUAUCACAGCGAUACAGGUGUCGACAAGUCUAUCACUAGACGCGGGAAAAGUUUUCAAACGUUCAAUCCUGAGACACUUCCAAUUGGUAUCCCAGUAAAAGAGGCAAAAUUGGUUGAUGUACGUAAAUUGCUAGAAGUUCACUUUGGUGAAAACUGGGCAUCAUUGUCAGAAUUGCAAUAUUAAAAAAAUUAAUUAACAAUGAAAAUGUAAUCGCUCGCGUUUUGGAGGAAUCUGAUAAUGAUAAUGAUUCUCAGGAAAUUAUAAAUUUCGUUUAA